CGAGGACAUUGGAACUAGGAUCAAAACUUUUUAAAAAGGGACAAAACUAAAUUGGUCAUAGCAAAUUCAAAGAAGUUUGAUUCGGAAUCACUGGUUAAAGAGAUGAUGGAGAGAAGAAGAACGGCAUUGGUAUUGUUUGUGGUAGUGGUGGUGUUGACGUGGCAAGAGGGUGUAUUGGGGAAAUGGUUAGAGUCGACGGCGAAGGAAAAGACCGGUUCAUGGGCUGGUUGGGUCUCCGACAAAAUCACCACUGGAUUUGGUACUAAGAAAGAAGAAACAGGAAUUUAUCAAAAAUCUAAAGAUGAAGCAAGAAAAGCGGCUCAAGCCGCGGAAAACUAUGCUUAUGACAAGGCAAAUUACGUCAAGGACUCUGCUUACGACAAUGCAGGUUACGCCAAGGAUUUUGCUGAGAACAAGGCAGAGUACGCAAAGGAUUUCGCUUAUGACAAGGCUGGUGAUGCAAAGAACAUGGCAUACGAAAAUGCGGGCUAUGCUAAGGAUUUUGCAUAUGACAAGGCUGGUGAUGCAAAGGACAUGGCUUAUGAGAAAGCGGGCCAUGCCAAAGAUUUCGCCUAUGAUAAGGCAGGCAAUGCUAAGGACAUGGCCUACGAGACAGCGGGAUAUGCAAAGGAUUUCGCCUAUGAUAAGGGAGGCUACGCGAAGGAUGUUGCCUAUGAUAAGGCAGGCAAUGCAAAGGAUAUGGCAUAUGAGAAGGCGGGAAAUGCGAAGGACAUGGCCUACGAGAAGGCGGAACACAUAAAGGAUUUCACAUAUGAUAAAGUGGGAUCUGCUUACGGAAGUGCACAGAGUAUGAUGGACUCUGGUUAUGAUAAGGCCGGUGAUGCCAAGGACAUGGCCUAUGAGAAGGCAGGCAUAGUAAAAGACAUGGCAUAUGAUAAAGCGGGGGAUGCAAAGGACGUGGCUUAUGAGAAGGCUGGCAUUGCCAAGGAUAUGGCCUAUGAUAAGGCGGGCAAUGCCAAGGACAUGGCCUAUGAUAAGGUGGGAUCUGCUUAUGGCAGUGCGCAGAAGGCAAAGGAUUCUGGUUAUGAGAAAGCUGGUGAGGCCAAAGACUACGCCUACAAGAAGGCUGGCAAUGCAAAAGACAUAGCUUACGAAAAGGCCCAAGAUGCAAAAGACUUUGCAUAUGACAAGGCGGGUUACGGAUACGACAAGGCCGGUGAUGUGAUUAGGAUGGCAACGGAUAAGAGCGGUGAAGCCUAUGAAGGAGCCAAAGAAAAGUCAAAGAGUGCCAAAGACACGGCAGGAGAAGCAAUGGAUGAUUCUAUUGACUACAUGAAAGACAAAUCACACAAUGCCAAAGAUGGAGCAACUAGAGGAUUUGAAGAAGCCAUGGAAAAAGUCGGCGAAAAGUACGGUGUAGCCAAAGAAUCCACAAAAUAUGCUUAUGAAACCGCAAAGAAAAAGGCUUCUCAAGUUGCGGGAGAAAUAAGAGACCGUUAUGCUGAGCUCUAAAAUCAAUUUGUUAUACAAUAAACACAAAGUCUUUAAGUUAAAGCAAUGUUGAACAAAGAGAAGUAAAAAUAGUAUAUAUAUAUAUAUAG